ACUAGAUAGGCAUGUGUCGUUGACAAGUGCAACAGAGUUUGCCAGUUACAGAUGUGACAAGAUGAGAAGGAAAACCAGAACAAAACAUGAUGAUUGAACACAAAUUAUUCAACAUUUCUCUGUUUUUGUUGCUUCUUUUUUCAGGAGAUCUAAGUGGAGAUCUUUCACUCUCCUUCACUGUCAGAGAUGGAGAUAAAGUCACUUUGCCUUGUGAAAACGUGAUCAACAAUCAUCACAGCUGUCACACUACCACCUGGCUUUUCACAGAUUCAAGAGGAAAAGCAGCAGUAGAGCUGGUUAAUCUUGGACAGAUCAAAGAAACAGUCAAAUCAGACAGACUGAGUGUUACAGCAGAAUGCUCACUGGUUAUAAAGAAGGUCACAGCUGAGGAUGUUGGUCGUUACACCUGCAGACAGUUUAGAGGCAAUCCAGGGAGACAGCAAGGUCCAGAUGCUGUGGUUCAUCUGUCUGAUGUCAUCAUGACUGAACAGAAGAGCAGGGAUCAGGUGACUUUAAACUGCUCUGUGCAGGUACAUGGACAGUGUGAACACAAAGUGAAGUGGAUCCAUUACAGUGAAGCUCUGAAUAGAGAUUACUCAAACAUAAAAACAUUACAGUCUUCCUGCUCUGCUACUGUGACUUUUGUAAAUUCUUUAUACAGUCACAUAUCUAACUCUGACUUUAAGUGUAACGUAACAACAGAAGAUGACAAAGAGCAGCUUUUUACCUUCAGCCCUCAUUCAUCAGGUGAAGAAACAAUUACAACAACAACAGUUAAAUUGGAAAUCACAAUUGAAAAUACAAUGAGAGCAGGUCUGGCGACAAAAGAGUUGGAAAGCAUAGAAGGUUCAAGAAAAUUACAAAACUGGUCCUGGUACAGGCUCAUCAUUGCGUCUCUGGGUUUAGCAGCACUUAUUGCUGCUGUUGUGAUCGUCAACAUCUGGAUAAGAGUUGGGGAAAAAGCACAGAUGGAUGAAAACACGAUGUGCAAAGAUGAGGAUGAUGAUGGAGCAGUGAACUAUGAAAAUGUCCAAUCAUCUGAUGAAGUUUGACCGACCCUCCUGCUUCUGUCAGAUCUCACAUAUCAGCACUCACAUAUCAGCUGUAUAUUUCUUUUUACCUUCAUACUCAACCUUUUAAACAGAGACUCGUGCUCUUGCUUUAGUCACAGUUUGGAUAACGAUACUGAAACUGUGAUAUUCUCCUACUUUGAAAACCAAAGUGACUUUUAUUUGUUUAUUGUUUCUUUUGUUUUGUUUUUUGAAGUGACCAGUAUUUUUAAUGGUUUUUCAGCAUUUAUGUGCUUUGUCUCAGAGGCCUUGAGGACAGCCUGGAUAUUUCUUGAUAAACUAGGAUAAUGAUUUCUCCCCGAUUCAAAGAUUUACCAGCCAUUUGUCCUAUACCUUUCUGUUGUAGCAGCAGAGCUUAGUUUUAUCACUCUGUGUGAGGAAGAGCUGAUUUAAUCAGAACUAAAUUAGCUUUAUAUCAUUAAUGUCAAAGUGCUGUUAAGAAUCCA